CGCUUAACGCUUAGACCACCCCGGUGCUUUUAGUCCCCCAGUGAAUUGCGGCGUCCCUGCCUGGAAUCGAGAAGCAGCCUCCAAUCCGUUCCGUUCUUUUGCCAGUGACAUCAAUUUCCAACCUCGUCUUACCCUUUCUACCCACUACUCCUCUAUCACGCGGCUACGUUCUACACGUUUUACAUUUUUUUUCGGACUCCUCGUUUUUCUUUUUUCCUUUACCUGCACUACGGAACAUACGCCCGACUGUGAAUCCCUGCACCGAACGCAACUGACGCCGCGAGUUCAGAAGAUUCACGAGGUUGCGAGGUUGCGGAAACUUGUACUGAAACUCGGUUUCCCCCUCGUCGCACAUGAUACAUAACCACUCGGUUGCUUAUCAUUGGUACUCGAUAUCCUCGGAGGAGGACACCUCUUCUGAAAUACCGCCACCAUGUCCGCCGCCACGGCGAAAGCCCCGUCUUCUAUGCCUCCGGCACCGAAUAGAGAAGACAUCGGUCAGACAUGGGAUUAUCUUCAAGCAGGCAUCUCCAAGGUUAUGAUGAACCUACAAGAUGGGCUAGACAUGACAGCAUACAUGGGUAUCUACACGGCCGUCCAUAACUUUUGCACAGCUCAGAAAGCAGUCGGUUUGGGCAGUUCCAACGCCGUGGGGCAAGCUCAUAGAGGAGCCCAUCUUCUCGGUGAGGAUCUCUACAAGAAACUGAAGGAGUACCUCAACGGUCAUCUCAACGAUCUCUUCGAGCAGUCUAAAGCGCACACCGACGAGGCCUUACUCGCGUUCUACAUCCGAGAAUGGAACCGGUACACCGUGGCCGCGAAAUAUAUCCACCAUUUAUUCCGUUACCUCAACCGUCACUGGGUUAAGCGCGAGAUGGACGAAGGAAAAAAGAGUACCUACGAUGUGUACACCCUACACCUUUACCAGUGGCGUAACGAAUUCUUCGAGCCUGUUAACAAGAAGGUUAUGGAUGCCGUACUUAUGCUAGUAGAGAAGCAAAGAAAUGGUGAAACCAUUGAGCACAGGCAGAUCAAGCAGGUAGUGGAUUCCUUCGUAUCCCUAGGUCUCGACGAGCAUGAUGCGACAAAGUCGACCCUCGAUACCUACAGAUUCCAUUUCGAGAAGCCCUUCCUUCAAGCGACAGAUGAAUUUUACAAGGCCGAGUCCAAGCAAUUCGUUGCCGAGAACAGCGUCGUUGAGUACAUGAAGAAGGCCGAGACUCGACUGGCCGAGGAGGAGGAGCGUGUGCGUAUGUAUCUUCAUACCGACAUAGCAGUGCCGUUGAAAAAGACAUGCAAUAAGGCAUUGAUCGCUGAUCACUCCGCAAUGUUGAGGGAUGAGUUCCAGGUUUUACUGGACAACGACCGAGAAGAGGAUAUGGCCCGCAUGUACAACCUUCUCUCCAGAAUUCCAGAAGGGUUAGAUCCGUUGAGGAACAAGUUCGAGGCGCACGUUCGCAAUGCGGGUCUUGCUGCGGUGGCCAAGGUUGCUUCUGACGCGGAGAAACUUGAACCCAAGGUUUACGUUGAAGCUUUACUUGAGACGCACACACGAUACCAGGGUCUAGUCAAGCGAGCAUUUGCCGACGAGCCGGAGUUCACGAGAUCCUUAGAUAACGCCUGCCGGGAAUUUGUCAACCGCAACGAAAUCUGUAAGGCAGGGAGUAGCAAGUCUCCUGAACUUCUUGCCAAGUACACCGAUGUGCUGUUACGUAAGAGUGGAGCUGGUGUGGAAGAGGCCGAGCUUGAUGCUACUUUGACGCAGAUCAUGACUGUCUUCAAAUACAUCGAGGAUAAGGAUGUUUUCCAGAAAUUCUACUCGAGGAUGUUGGCAAGACGUCUUGUGCACAGCAACUCCUCGUCGGACGACGCCGAAACAAGUAUGAUAAGCAAACUAAAGGAAGCAUGCGGUUUCGAGUACACCAACAAGCUUCAGCGCAUGUUCCAAGACAUGCAAAUUUCCAAGGAUCUCAACACUGGAUUCCGAGAACACACUAAGGGUUUACAAUUAGAGAAGCAACCACUCGACUCUACCUACUCAAUUUUAGGAACAAGCUUCUGGCCCCUGACGGCUCCCAACACGACGUUCAACCCGCCUGCUGAGAUUCAGACCGACAUCGAUCGGUUUACCCUCUUCUAUAAGAAUAAACAUGAAGGUCGAAAGCUAACCUGGCUUUGGCAACUCUGCAAAGGUGAACUCAAGACUGGAUACUGCAAAUCUUCAAAGACACCUUACACACUACAGGUCAGCGUCUAUCAGAUGGCUAUCCUUUUGUUGUUUAACUCUAGUGAUUCCCAUUCAUACGAUGACAUCUCAUCAGUCACUCAAUUAAAUAAUGAGGUCUUGGAUCCUGCUCUUGGGAUUCUCGUCAAGGCUAAGAUACUCACAAUGAAGCCAGAUGGCGAUAAGCCCGCCCCUGGUAAAACAUUUGAUCUUAACUAUGACUUUAAGAGUAAGAAAAUCCGCGUCAACCUCAACGUUGGUACCAAGACGGAACAGAAGCAAGAGGAAGCGGAUACCAACAAGACCAUCGAAGAGGACCGACAGCUCGUCUUACAAUCUGCCAUCGUACGAAUUAUGAAGGCACGAAAGAAGAUGAAGCACAACCAGCUGGUUGGUGAAUGUAUUAACCAGAUCAAGUCUCGCUUCCUUCCUAAGAUUGCCGAUAUCAAGAAGUGCAUUGAGGUUUUGCUCGACAAGGAGUACCUUGAACGCUUGGAUGACGAUGAGCUUGGUUAUCUGGCUUAAUCCGAGGAGGUUGACAUUACUCCUAGCACUACUUUAAUACUCACGCGCAUAUAUCCCCAAUAUCAUUUCCUCUUUUAGCAUCCGCCGAUGACGAUUGUGUUCUUCGUCAUGUCUCACAUUGCAACGACAGACGAUAUCAAAACCCCGAGGUUGGGUUUUCUACAUGAACUCGGAAAGGAGCAUCCUGGUUAGGGAGGUUCUGACGCAUGGAAGGUUCGGACGAUUAUUAGAAUUAUGCAUUUGAGGGAGACGGAGCUGGAGCUCAGGCAUAAUCGAGUCUGCAACCGCGAGUUCUACGAAGGGAGAGGGUUAAUAGGAUGGCUAUUGCAUACGUUGUCAACUGAAGGACGAACGAACGAUGAAGGACGAAAUUGGCAACCUGAACGUUGGCGGCUAGUAGAUGGCGGAGGAGUAAAGGGGCCUUCAUACCUAGUCACGGCGCUCAAUGUCCCUAUUAUGGCGAGCGCUGGCGGCUUUGCUCACGACGAACGUAAUUGUUUCUCUCCCGUCUUGUACCCACACACAAAAACCACACACCCUUACUUGACCCCCUACAUCAGGCUCUCCGACGAUACACCAAAAGGUUUAGGCUAUAAGACCUUAUGUGUAUGGUGGCGUGUGCGGUGGUCAGUUUGGUCUUGCUAUACCCCCGCGUAGGUAUUUUCGGAAUGAACAAUCGCAAAAGCUCAAUAGAUCCGAAUAAAUUACUCUAGAGAAAUACUUUUAUGAUGAUA